CCACUGACUUUCACAUCCAUUCAGCCAAAUCUGCAGCAGCAUUGAACUCGCACAAAAAAGGAGAGGCCAACAAAAGAAAAAAAAAAAAGAGGCAAACUGAAGAAUGCUUUUCUGGAGGACCUCCUAUCACUAGGGUUGAGUUGAGUUUGCAUGUACAUUAGACGUGAACUGGUUCAUGAUAUACUGAGGAGUGCUGGUGAAGAGGAGGAGGAGUGGUCAGGAUCGGAGAUCAUUAAGCACUUUGAGAAAGACGUCGCCCUGAACGCAGCACAGCAGCACCGCAGCCUGGAGGACUAGAAGUGCGUUUAACCUCCGAAAGUUGCGUCGAUCUGGAUAUGAUUUGGUUCUGAUUUGCUGCUCAGCUGCCCGGAGAGGACUGCGGAGGGGCUGAACGCCGCAUUGUGGCAACCGACACCCUCGAUUCCUGCCCGAGGACUGCACAACCCGCUCGCUGCAAAAUGUCAUCCCAGGCCAAAGUCAAGAAGGACAAAGAGAUUAUUGCUGAAUAUGAGACCCAAGUGAAAGAAAUUCGUAACCAGCUGGUGGAGCAGUUCCGAUGUCUGGAGCAGCAGUCUGAGUCCCGGCUGCAGCUGCUGCAGGACCUGCAAGAGUUCUUUCGCCGAAAGGCCGAACUCCAGCUAGAGUAUUCCCGAGGGCUGGAUAAGCUGGCUGAGCGCUACUCCUCAAAAAUCCGCAGCUCCAGAGAACACCAGCAUUUCAAGAAAGACCAAAAUCUAAUCUCCACUGUGAACUGCUGGUAUUUGGUUUUGGACCAGACCCGACGAGAGAGCCGAGACCAUGCCACUCUCAGUGACAUCUACAACAACAACGUCAUUGUCCGCUUAGCACACGUGGGCGAGGAUGUCACCAGACUCUUCAAAAAGAGUAAAGACAUUGGGGUCCAGAUGCAUGAAGAGUUAGUGAAAGUCACCAAUGAACUCUACACAGUGAUGAAGACAUACCACAUGUACCACAGUGAGAGUCUGAGUGCUGAGAGCAAGCUGAAAGAAGCAGAAAAACAGGAAGAGAAGCACAUUGGCAAGGUGAAUGACAUCAGCGGCGGUCUGUUGCGUCACAGUCACGAUGAGCGUCCCCAACGAAGAAGUUCUGUCCGGAAGAUGGAAAAAUUGAAGGAAAAGAGACAGGCCAAGUACUUUGAAAAUAAGCUGAAGUGCACAAAAGCCCGGAAUGACUAUCUUCUCAAUCUGGCAGCUACCAACGCUCUGGUGGCCAAAUAUUACAUACACGAUGUGUCGGACAUGAUAGAUUCUUGUGACUUGGGCUAUCAUGCAAGCUUGGCACGCACCAUGAGGACCUAUCUGUCUGCUGAAUACAGUCUGGAAACCUCUCGCCACGAAGGCUUGGAUCUACUUGAAGGAGCCGUAGAUGCCAUGGACAUUAGAGGGGACAAGCUAAGGUUUAUGGACACACACAGUCAGAUCUUCUGUCCUCCAGCACGCUUUGACUACCAGCCACAUAUGGGGGAUGAGGUGUGUCAGGUUAGUGCACAGCAGCCUGUCCAGACAGAACUCUUAAUGCGAUACCACCAGCUGCAGUCUCGCCUGGCCACACUGAAGAUAGAAAAUGAAGAGGUUAAGAAGACUCUUGAUGCCACCAUGCAGACCCUUCAGGACAUGCUAACUGUGGAGGACUUUGAUGUAUCAGAGGCCUUCCAGCACAGCCAAUCCACAGUAUAUGCCCCCUUUUUCUUUAUAACACCCCCUUUCUAUCUCCAUCUGCCAGCCUUGUAUAAUCAGCCUGCACUCAACCAUACCACUAACUGCUGUGACUGUGAACUAGCUGAUUCUAAUUUGGCCUCUUUUCCUCUGCCUCCUCUGCUUUUAGGGGAGAGGGCUGAAUAUGGAACAACAAGGCCCCCCACUCUUCCCCCUAAACCCCAGAGAAUGCGGAAGUGUAGACCUCGUUCCAUUUUUAACCGUAAGCUGUUUAACGGCAAUAUGGAGGCCUUCAUUCAGGAUUCAGGGCAGCCUAUACCAGUGGUGGUUGAGAGCUGCAUUCGAUACAUCAAUCUGUACGGUCUGCAGCAACAAGGCAUAUUUCGGGUUCCAGGAUCUCAGGUCGAAGUCAAUGACAUUAAGAAUGCAUUUGAAAGAGGAGAAGAUCCACUAGUGGACGAUCAGACGGAUCAUGACAUCAACUCUGUGGCAGGCGUCCUCAAGCUCUACUUCCGAGGGCUGGAAAACCCGCUUUUCCCCAAAGAACGUUUCCUCGACUUCAUCUCCACUACCAAACUUGAUUCUGGUGGUGAAAGAGCUCAUCAUCUCCAGCAGAUAAUUGUGACCCUACAGCGGCCUGUGAUCAUUGUCAUGAGAUACCUGUUUGCUUUUCUCAAUCAUCUUUCCCAAUACAGUGACGAGAACAUGAUGGACCCCUAUAACCUGGCUAUCUGCUUUGGCCCCACGCUGAUGCCCAUACCGGACGACCAGGAUCCCGUGGCUUGCCAAGCACACGUUAAUGAGGUCAUCAAGACGAUCAUUAUCCACCACGAGGCCAUCUUUCCGAGCCAGCGGGAGUUGGAAGGACCGGUGUAUGAAAAAUGCAUGGCAGGAGGUGAAGAGUACUGUGAAAGCCCUCACAGUGAGCCAGGAGCUCUUGAUGAGAUCGACAACGGGACCGGGCCAAACACAAGUGAUGAAGAGUUUGAGCCAAUUGAGGCCAUUGCCAAGUUUGACUAUGUGGGGCGAAGUUCGAGGGAGCUGUCCUUUAAGAAGGGAGCGUCUCUGCUGCUGUACAUGAGAGCGUCUGAGGAUUGGUGGGAGGGCCGGCACAACGGUGUGGAUGGGCUGAUCCCUCAUCAAUACAUUGUAGUGCAAGACAUGGAUGAUGCUUUCUCAGACAGCAUUCAGAGGACAGAAAGUGAGACCAGCAGUGGAUCUCACUAUGAUGACAGGACGUCAUCAAGAAUUGAGCGUCAGUCUCCCUGUGACCAGGCUGCCGAGAACCGAUUUGGUCCUGCAUUAGGAAGGGUAAGAGUGCGAUCAGACGGAGCCGCAGUUCCCCGCCACAGGAACAAUGGUGCUGACAGCCUCAGCCCCACCAGGGCUGCUGACCAGCCGCCCAGGGUAAUGCCGCGCCCCUGCAGCCCGCACAAGAUAGCCAUGAGCAGGGCCCAUGCCGACAGCCCGGAGAAGCGCCGCCUCACCACGUUCGGCAGCUCAGGCUCCAUCAACCACCCCGACAGGAAAGCAUUUGUUGAGAGUCACUCUCAACGAUCAUCACCGAGCACGACACGGCACGUCAGUUUAGGGGACCAUAAAGCUCUGGAGGCCGAGGCGCUCGCGGAGGACAUAGAGAAAACCAUGAAUACAGCUCUGCAUGAAUUGCGAGAGCUAGAGCGGCAGAAUGUAGCCAAACAUGCCCCCGAUGUUGUCCUGGACACCCUGGAGCCCCUCAAGCACCCUGGUGCUGCCCAGGAAAUGUCUGCCAGCCCCCUGCACACCAUGGUGAUCAGGGACCCAGAUGCAGCCCAGCGACGUAGCAGCAGUAGCUCCUCCUCCGAGACCAUGACCACUUUCAAACCAGCUCUGUCGUCACGCAGACCGAGCGCUCCUCUACGGCCCCCGCCGGUCAGGCCUGUGCGACCGGCUCCAGUGAUCGGACCUGGCCAGGGACCUCACCGCUCCAGCAGCUCCAGCUCUUCUGGUCUGGGCAGUCCAGGCAUCACCCCCACUGAAAGGGUGUUUCCUAAAGCACCCUCCCCGUCGCCGUCCACGUCCUCUUCAUCCUCCGACAAACAGGGUAACAUGUAGCUCCAAUCUACCAGCUGUCAAGAACAUUGUGGAUAGUGAAUGAUAUCAGCACGGCCCCAUAGGUUGUCUUUACAUCAAUAACAAACGACAACACCCAUUUUGUCCAAAUAUUUCCCCACUAAUCUUGUACAAGGUACGAUUGCUGCUUCUGGUUUCUGCUUACACCGCCUGGAAGCAAGUGACUGUACUGUUUAACAGUGAUUAUAUUACACAGAAAUAGGAAUUAAAACUAUAAAAAUUACUUAAUAGACUAAUACAAAGCUGGAAUAAAGAGAUGCACUGGAGAAUAUUUCUGUUUACUGAGAUAUGAAACGUCUCGCUGAAACAAUAUUAGAUUACAAAGAUGCUGUGAGCUUGUGCUUUGUGUCUGGUUUCCUGCUCCAUUACCAUGAAACACUUACGGGAAUACUACACCACUUACCAUGUAGACAUCCAGACUGUGCUGGGGGUCUUGUGUGUGAAUAGUUCCUUCAGAACCACUUAUGUUGAUGGAGAGAGGUUAAUGUUGAGAAAACCAUCCCACUUUGGAACAAUGUUGGAAGACAACAUGACUGAAGGACAAUAUCCGCUGCCUCAAGCUGCAGUUCUUCUGAUGAACACAGAAUGCUGGUUCUGUGGGAAUUAAACCUGUCGUAUUUUCCUUGACAGCAGCUUCAAAGCAUAUAGCAUUUGGAAAUUAUACACAUUCAGAUAUAUUUGUUACAAUUUUCAAAAAUCUGGGAAAUGCUGCAGGUCCUGGUGAAACUCAUGGCAGCACAAGGACUUGGCUGGCACCAACUAAAGCACAAAUGCAACAAAAUGGCUUCACACGCUGUUGUGAUCCCAACUGGUGCUUUAGUUUACAGUAUAGGAUUCAGCAGCAUCAGUACCAUUCUUCCACCUCAUUGUGCCAUUUUUAAAAAAAUAUCCUGAUAUUUGAUAAAUACAGUAUUUUGCAAAGGUUUUCAAACCCCCUCGUACUUUUUCAGAUUUUCAUGUUACAACCACAUACCACAACGUUGUGUGAUUAUUGGUGAGAUUUUUUAAUUUAAUUUUAUUUAUUUUUUUUAUAAACCAACACAAAGUUAGGUUUUGUUAUAAAGUGGAAGGAAAAGUAUACAUGUUUUUCAGAGUUGCAUACAAGUAGGAGUAUGAAAAGUUACAUAAAUUUGUUAAAGUGCACUUUGACUUCAAGCCGACUUGAAGCUAAACGGCUUUAGCUUCAAUCGUUUCAUCUGAGGAUAUAUGAAUGGUAAAGUUCAAGUUUUUGAGCUGAUUCUAAAUUGGAUUUACAGCAAGACUUUGAAUGGAGCAUUCUAUCACAUGAAGAUAGAUUGGGUAUGAACAAUUGCAAUGUGCCUCUCCCUGUACGUCUAGGGUUAUUUUGUUGCUCUAACAUGAACAUCUGCACCAGGCUAAGGUCCUUGAAAACAGUCAUUUUCAGAAUCCUGGAUUCAGGCCCUGCUGAACUUGAUGUUUGAUGUGUCUCUGCUUCAGCCCCCCUGAUUAAAACUGAUUAAAUUACCACCUCGGCUUGCCGUCAUGUCCUGCAGAGGAUUGUUAACUACCCAUUCAGUUAAGGCACAUUUGCUACAUCAAGAAAAUAUCUGAAACAUGCAGAAUAGUAGGACCUAACAACCAGGAAUGAGAACCACUGCUUGAAGACUUUUUUUUUUUUCUUUGAUUGCUUUGAAUUUUGCUCCAUCCUUUUUCCUAUCAGUUCAAACUUGCUUUGCUGUCCCAACUGAAGAAACCAUGCUACAGUAUGGAUGAACUGUUCACUGUGAUGUGUGGUGAUAAUUUUACUGCAUUCAUACCUUUUUCAUGAGGGUUGAAUAUUUCAGUUUUGCUCUAAUGUAACCACAGGGCAUACUUUCGCAUGUUUCCUAGAUGGUAUCUGCUUCUUUUAGCUCUUUUUCAGCAAUAAAUUUCUUCUUCUAUGGACCUCUGGGUUUAAUGCUCCACUUGCUUGGAUUGCAGUUUCCAGCAAAACAGUUCAAAGCUCGGGAUUUGUUUUUAUAACCUUGACCUAAUCAUUUUUAUAAUCUGCUGUGUUCUUCGAUCUUCUUGAUGCUGCUCUCUAUUAUAUUUUAAUAGAAAAAUUUAGUUUGUACCAAGUUUAAAUGACACACAGAUGGACUAUUUUGUAAAUUGGUGAUUCUGAAAGUCAUUAGUUGCACCAGGUAUUAUUUGGGGGUGUCAGAGUAAAAGGAACAGAAUAGAAAAAUUAACACUUUUCCAUGUUGGUUAUUUAUAUCAUAUUCCAACUAAUUGCACAAAUUUGUGGUUAAAAUGUGGCAAAAAAUUUUUCAGGGGGUUGAAAUUGCUUUUGUAAUGGACAUUAUAGUGUUUUUUGUGUGUGUCUUUUUU